GUUAUAGUUUUUGGCCCUUUCACACGCUCGCUUGAUGCCCACAGUGAACCAGCCCUCACUCACAGUGAGGUGACAGAUAAUCAGGCCCUUCUGUGGGUCAGGCAGGCCCUGUGUUAAUACCUUUCAUGGAUCAACUUCCUCGGAUCCUUGUUAUAUGGAAACAGCCACAGAGAGGUUACCACGCAAAUGGUCACACAGCCUGGAAUUGGGGAGGCUGGAUUUGAAUCCAGACAGUUGCUUCCAGAGCUCUUGCUCCUAAAGACCGUGUGACACUGUGCAUUGUGCCCAUUUUACAGAUGCCCAAACUGAGUGCUUCUCCAGAAGUCCAUGGCUUGGAAGGGAGACACACAAGGGGAGACUACUGAUGGCAAAGCCCAUGCUUGAGAGGGUCCGUCAUUUAUUCAAAGAUUCCAAUAGAUUGUGAAAUUUAAAAUUGAAGUUCCACUUUUUAUCAUUUUUAAGAUGUACAUUUGUACAUCUCUGAAAUUGUAACGCAUCUUACAAUGGAUGACAGAGUUGUUUCUUUCUCAGAGGCUCCUCUCUGCCUCAAUUGCUCCAUCCUCCCUGGAGACACGUCCCCAGGGCGUUCAAGGAUCCCAGUGCCCUGCAAUGGCAGUAGGGCCUGGGGGGUCUUUGGCCCCGAGGAUUUGAACCUGACUGAUGAGGAGCUGAAACUCAAGUACCUGGGGCCCCAGCAGACAGAGCUGUUCACACCCAUCUGUGUCACGUACCUGCUGAUCUUCGUGGUGGGCGCCGUGGGCAACGGGCUGACCUGCACGGUCAUCCUGCGCCACAAGGCCAUGCACACGCCCACCAACUACUACCUCUUCAGCCUAGCCGUGUCGGACCUGCUGGUGCUGCUGGUGGGCCUGCCUCUGGAGCUCUAUGAGAUGUGGUCUAACUACCCCUUCCUGCUGGGCGCUGGCGGCUGCUACUUCCGCACGCUGCUCUUCGAGACAGUCUGCCUGGCCUCUGUGCUCAAUGUCACUGCCCUGAGUGUGGAGCGCUACGUGGCCGUGGUGCACCCGCUGCAGGCCAGGUCCAUGGUGACUCGGACCCGCGUGCGCCGUGUGCUCGGGGUCGUCUGGGGCCUCGCCGUGCUCUGCUCUCUGCCCAACACCAGCCUGCACGGCGUCCAGCAGCUGGACGUGCCCUGCCGGGGCCCGGUGCCCGGCUCAGCCGUGUGCACCCUGGUCCGCCCACGGGCCCUCUACAACCUGGUCGUGCAGACCACCACUCUGCUCUUCUUCUGCCUGCCCAUGGCCACCAUCAGUGUCCUUUACCUGCUCAUUGGGCUGCGGCUGCGGCGUGACAGGCUACUGCUGCUCAGGCAGGAGGCCGAGGGCAGGGCCAGGUUCAGCAACACCUGCAGGCUCCAGCGGCUGCAGGAUAGGGGUCGGACACAGGUGACCAAGAUGCUGUUUGUGCUGGUCGUGGUGUUUGGGAUCUGCUGGGCCCCGUUCCACAUUGACCGCCUGAUGUGGAGCUUCGUGUCCCAGUGGACGGAGAGCCUGCUCCUGGCCUUCCAGUACGUGCACGUUGUCUCCGGCGUCUUCUUCUACCUCAGCUCCGCCGCCAACCCCGUGCUCUACAGCUUCAUGUCCAGCCGGUUCCGGGACACCUUCCAGGAAGCCCUGUGCCUGGGGACCCGGUGCCACGGCCACAGAUCCCACCGCGGCUCCCACAGCCUCAGCAGGGUGACCACGGGCAGCACCCUGUGUGACAUGGGCUCCCCGGGCAGCAGGGCCUACCCUCUGGCUGAGAAAGUUGGCCCAGAGGGACAGCAAGAGACUGACCCCUCCUGAGUGGGGCCCCAAAGCAGUGUCACCUGGAGUGGCCAGAGCGCCAGGCACAGCUCUGGGAGCCACACCAGCCUUCCUCUGCAGGGAUGUCUUCAUGACCUGUCCCCCUUUGUGCCCUGUCCCACUUCAGCCUAGAAACUCUGACCAGCCCCUCAGUGACUCCUGCCCCAACCCAUGCAUUGGAAGGGACAUAAAGUUGCUGUCCGCCCUCCAGACCCCCA